AUGCUAAGCUUCAAAUACCCCCAGAGAAACCCGCUUGAAGCGAUCCUCAACGCCUGCGUACGGAACCUUCGUAUUCUAAUUCUGUUCUUCCACCACAUCAGCCCUAUUACCUCCGUCACCUCGUUCACAGCGAUUGAGAACCCGAUCCGGCCAUGGUAUACUCCUUUAUCAAACGGCACUCUUCUGCCGAGGGAGAGUCGAGUCCGCCGUAGAAGUAUUAGAGGCCUGCAGAAAGCACCAUGCUUAAUAGCACAAGCACAAGAGUAUGGCCAAACCGCCGCGGUAGACGUCCAGAAGAUGCCGGAUCGUGGCAUGGAGACUCGAGAAGCAUGCACGCGCGAGUUAGAACAGACGGCCCGGCGGCUGAAAAAGCCGUCGCUUAGCCGCAUUAGCACGGCCCAUAGCUCCGCAGCACCCAAGGACGCACCUCCCCGAGAGGCCAGUAAAGUGGCCCAGAAAAACCGGAAUUUACUAGCCGACGAAUCCAACCAGCGCCACAAUCUCACGCGUAAUUCCGAAGACGCCGCCAAGCUCGAAGACGCCGCCAAGCUCCAAACCGAGCUCAAAGCCAAGCUCAAAGAUCUUGAGGAAACCUGCAGCAGGACAGCUGAGGACAACGGCCACCUAAAGAAAGAGCUAGAGGAUCUCAAAAACAAGCUCAAAGACCGCGACAAGGUCGAAGACCGCUGCCUACAAGAGCUUUUCAUGGCACGGCCCCAGGUGUGCGUCAUGCCGCGUGUCCGUGGCACUGCACAAGCAGACCAUGGACAGGACCCUGUUCAAAUAGAGAUUCCCGCCGGCCAGUGCAAUACGCUAAGACUCAACCGUUGCACGGCGGCCGGCCGCGGCACUGUCUAUACGGACUUCGAGUUCGAUCACGUAUUCCCUAGCUUCUCCACCAACGGGGACGUGUUUGCAAAGGUCGAGCCAUUAGUACGAGCCGCGCUACGGAAACCCCAUAUGUAUUUUGCCAUUAUCGCAGACGGUCAAACGGGCGCCGGCAAGUCUUGGACUAUGUUUAACAGCCGUGACGCCCUUGCUCCUUCCGCUGUCGAGUUAAUCUUCUCCGUGUUUGGCGAGCAAAGAGCCAACGGGUGGCAGUACAAGCUUCGGUGCUCUGUUCUUGAGUCCUACCUGGAGGAGAUACGGGAUCUACUGGGUGACGGAGGCCCUAAGAGUGGAGUGGGCCUCCAGCGAAAUCACGAGGACGAGAAGGUAGUAUCUGGACACACCAUAACAUCUAUCCAGUCGCCAGCGGCAUUUUCCGAAUUACUUCGAGAGGCCUUGAGUAUCCGUAAAACAAGGGCAACGGACAAGAAUGCGGCAUCCUCACGAGGCCACCUCAUUUGCACCCUCAUCCUUACUGUGUCUCCUCCUAAUGCCCGCGAUGGGGUAUUCGAGUCAAAGCUAUUCCUCGUUGACCUUGCAGGCAACGAAAACAUGAAAAACGAUGCUCCAGGCCACCUACAAGUUGCUCGAGACACGGCGCACUAUACAGAACUCACGGCCAUCAACGGCACCCGAGUGAACUUUCUCAAAGCUCUCAGGAACUAUGGAAAGCCUAUUCCCCGCGAAUGCACAAGCGGAAAAGACUUUAGUGCUGCUUCUACAAGACUGUCUCUCUUCUAA